GCCUCGUUUUAUACGCCACACUAUUUUCUUUUCCACCUGCGUUUCGUCACCAAAUCAAGGCGCCUACAUUCUCCCUCUUACAGCUUAAUUGACGACACAACAAGGCACGCCUCAACCCGAUAAAAAGACGUCACAAUGGCACAAAAAGCACGCAAGGAUCGAGCAAAAGCCAAUGCGGUCGCUCUAACUAAUCUUCACAUGGGCACACUCAUUAUUAAUGUGCUGUUCGUACUCUUUCACUUUUUAUUCAGGAAACGGUCGAUAUUAGUUUACGUCAUCUUGUCGAUUCCCAGUUUCGUUUGCGAGUAUGUCUUAGAAUCAUCAGGCCGACCUAAAUACGAUCCAUCAACAAAGUCGCUUCAGAAUGCUGGUGAAGAUCUAUCUGCGCCAGGUCUCACCGAGUAUAUGUUUGAUGUUAUUUGGGUUACUUGGGCAUCUGUGGUCUUUGCCAUACUCUUUGGAAACUGGGGAUGGCUCCUCUGGGCCGUUGUACCUGCUUAUGGGGCUUACAAAGGGUACGGUCUUCUUGGUGCAGCUCGUGGGAUGGCGGGUAUGCAAGGACAGCAGCCAGAUGCUGCUGUGCCAGCGGCGGGUAACAGGAGACAGAGACGAGCGGCCUGAGUAUAGCAACAAUACAUGUCGGCCAAAUCUAUAUGAAUAGGGAAGAGCAAAUCCUCAUGUCUAUGUGUGUGUAUACUUGCACCCGCCUACACAUGGGUCGCCUAGUUCGGUAGUCUAUGGCACUCGAGCUCGUUUGUCCACU